AUGCUUUCACAAGCCGCUAGCCGUCUCUGCUGCAGAGCUCGGGGACCAGCAACAAGAGCUCCUCGGGCAAUUCGAAGCUAUCACGAUGUGACACAAAGCAAAUUCUUGAAAGUAUCAGAGGAGAUUCGUGAUGCGGUGGCGACAGGAAAGCCGGUAGUGGCACUGGAGUCUACAAUCUAUACCCACGGCUUUCCAUAUCCCGAGAGUGUCGCUCUCGCCUCUUUGCUUGAAUCUGUUGUUCGAGUCAAUGGUGGAAUUCCCGCCACGAUUGGCAUUCUCAGUGGGGUUGCUAGGGUUGGCCUUAGUGCCGAGGAGCUCAUUGAGCUAGCAUCGACGGCAGAGCAAAAGGAUGCCUUGAAGGUUUCGCGUAGAGAUCUCGGUUAUAUAUGCGGUCUGGGAAUGGCUGGUAGACGACUCCAUGGAGGAACAACCGUUUCCGGGACAAUGGUGCUUGCUCACUUGGCUGGUAUCAAGGUGUUCGGGACAGGUGGUCUCGGUGGUGUUCACCGUGGCGGGGAGUCAUCUAUGGAUAUCUCUGCCGACUUGACUGAGCUGGGACGGACGCCUGUUGCUGUUGUCAGUUCCGGAUGCAAGAGCUUCCUGGAUAUUCCGCGGACACUUGAGUUUCUAGAAACCGAGGGAGUCUGUGUUGGGACAUUUGCCGAUGGCCGUGAAGGCACUGUGGACUUCCCUGCCUUUUUCUCACGCGACAGUGGGAUCAAGAGUCCCAGAGUAAUCCGGGAUGAAGCGGAAGCGGCCGCGAUCAUAUACGCGCAAUCGAAGCUCCCUGUAAACUCUGGUAUCCAUUUUGCCAAUCCAGUGCCGGCGGAACAGUCGAUUCCCAGAGGCGAAAUGGACACGAUAAUAGAAGAGGCGAUCCGCUUGGCCGAAGUCGAAGGCUACCGAGGGAGCGACAACACACCUUUUGUGCUUGCGAAAAUCAAGGAGCUCAGUGGCGGGAAGAGUGUAAUUGCCAACAGGGCGCUGGUCGAGGCCAACGUGAAGCGCGCAACCAAGGUGGCGGUUGAACUGUCCAAACUAGAACAGGCUGAUAGAGGGACUGGAGGCCGACACAUGCCAGUAAUCUCCGAGAACGCAAGAGCUGACCAAGCAACUCCAGAGACCGGGGUGGACCAUAAACCCCUAACUAAGAGUACAAUUGAACAACUGGAUAAGGCAGAUGUCCUUGUUGCUGGCUCUCUUGCGAUCGACCUGUCCUGCGAUUAUACCCCCUUUGCUAGCGAGAGCGACAAGAUUACACCCGUUCCUCAAACAUCAAAUCCCGCUGUCAUCGGGCAGAGCCUGGGCGGAGUAGGCCACAACGUUGCCAUUGCGUCACGUUAUCUUGGAAGCUCUGUCCUAUUCUGCAGUGUAGUCGGGGAGGACCUGAGUGGCCGUGCUGCACUCUCGACGCUGAAGGAGGAGGGGCUUCCCACCGCCGGCGUACAAAUCCUUCCUGCGUCGUCUGGAGCGCGCACGGCACAAUAUGUCGCGAUCAACGACGCCAAGCGCGACCUCGUAGUGGCUAUGGCUGACAUGGGCAUCAUGGAGCUGCCGGAGCAUGUGCUUGAUUUUGACGAGUUCUGGGAGCCCCUGAUCCGCCGCACCCAGCCCCAGUGGGUGGUCGUGGAUGCGAACUGGAGUCCGGCGGUUCUAGCUAGAUGGAUUGCCGUUGCUAAGCAGCACGGUUCGCGGGUCGCCUUUGAGCCGGUCUCUACGGCGAAGUCUCGCCGUCUGUUCUCAAAGACUUCCGAGGCGGAGGCAGCAAUUGGACCGGCCGGGGCAGUCCCGAACAACGCCAUCAGUCUGGCCGCUCCUAAUCAGUACGAGCUCUCUGCCAUGUACAUGGCAGCCCGCGAAUCAGGGCUAUUCGAGUCCGAAGGCUGGUGGCGCAUCAUUGACGCCAUGGGAAUGUCCGCGUCUGGCUCACGCGACCGCCUGGUUGCAAUGACGACAGCCGAGCUGGUGGAUCAGGGAAUCCCACAGCAAAGCAUCCAACUACUUCCCUUUAUUCCGUGCAUUAUCACGAAAUUGGGCGCUCAGGGGGUUCUGGUGACCCAACUGCUUCGUCCGGGAGAUGCUCGUCUCACAUCUCCUGAUUCGGCACCGUAUAUCCUCUCUCGCGCCUCACCUACAGAUGAGCUGAUCGGGGGUGUGUAUAUGCGGCUUUUCCCGUCGGCUGGGGUCCUGGCGGAUGGGGAGAUUGUGAGUGUCAAUGGUGCGGGGGACACGCUGCUUGGUGCGGUUGUUGCCGGGCUUGCAAAGGGAUCAGGGACAUCGGUUGAGGAAGUUAUUCCUCUAGCACAAGAGGCUAGUCUGAGGACAUUGAAAAGUCCGGGGGGUGUGAGCAGGGAUCUGGUCUCUCUGCGAUCAUUGAUGGAUGCCUUAUAA